AUGUUGGGAAUACCCAAGGCAUGGAUCUGGACAGCCAUUGUUGCUGCGUCUGUGCCGUCCUCUCUUGCAACUCAGACACCGUUGGAUCUUGGAAGUGGUUUCAGCCUUGCGAUCAAUGAAAGUGCCAAUCACCUCGCCAUCUCUCGUGGAGAACACACCAUCUGGGAGACCAUUCCCAAUCAGUCAUUUCUCAGUGCCAGCGCGGGGUCCGACCAAGUCAUCGGCUCCAGUGGUAACUUCAAGAUCAAUGAGGUUGAUCGCAGCAAAUGUUCUGGGCAGCGUAUCAGUCGUAUUGCCCAGAAGACAUGGCCAGGCAGUGCUAGCAACCAAGCAGCUGUGAUCCAAGGGUUGCUCACUGGCUGUGGCAACAGUUCAGCCCCAUUUUCUCUUGCGCUUUGGGUACCUACCGAAUUCCCAGACCGCAUCGCUUUCCAUAUCGACUUGAACCCUGAUUCUGCUUCUAAUGACCCCGAGACCAAGCUAUUCUUGACCUACCGCUCCUCGCCAUCCGAGGAUUUCUACGGUCUGGGUGCCCAGGGAUCGUUCGCCUCAUUGAAAAACCAGUCGGUGCCGAUCUUUUCGCGAGAACAAGGUGUGGGUCGCGGAGAUCAGCCAACUACGCGCCUCGAGAGUGCAGACAGUUUCUUCGCUGGAGGUGAUCAAUUCACCACUUAUAGCGCAGUACCCCAAUACAUCUCAUCUCACUCGAAUGUAUUUCACCUGACGGAGGAAAGCACUGCCUACACGAACUUUGAUUUCCGCAAUCCGAAUGCUGUAACCGUACGAUAUGCUGCUUUGCAGGUCGAUGGCUACUUCAUGCAGGCGAGCAAUAUGCUGAAUGGUAUUACCAUGCUUACGGAAUAUACCGGUCGGAUGCCGGAGCUUCCGACCUGGGUGGAUUCGGGUGCAGUCCUUGGAAUCCAGGGUGGCCAGGCAAAGGUGAAUCGAAUUGUCGAGCAAGGACUUCGACAAGACUGCCCCAUCGCUGCCGUCUGGCUUCAGGAUUGGUCUGGCACUCAUACCCAGAGUGUGUCGUAUAUGGCUCUUAACAUCUCCCGCCUAUGGUGGAAUUGGGAGUAUGAUUCAGAACUCUACCCAACCUGGCCAAAGUUUGUGCAAAACCUGCGCAACAAGCACAAUGUUCGCACAUUGUCCUAUAUCAACCCCUUCCUCGCCAACGUCAGCACCAAGCCCGAUGGUUAUCGCCGCGAUCUCUUCUUGGAGGCCGCAAAGGGAGGCUAUAUGAUUCAGAACGCGACAACGAACGACACUUCGAUUGUUUCUAGUGGCCCGGGUAUCGAGGCAGGAAUUCUUGAUCUUACCAACCCCGCAACUCGCUCAUGGUUCCGAGAUGUCCUGAUUGACCAAGUUUGGAGUGCCAAUGUGUCUGGUUAUAUGGGUGAUUUUGGUGAAUAUACCCCGGUGCUCGCAGACACUCGAUUUGCCAAUCGCAGCAUCGACCCUUUGUUCUACCACAAUGAAUAUCCUCGAGACUGGGCCAAGCUACACCAUUCCCUGACAAAGAGUGUCUCGAGUUUCUCCGACGCUAUCAUUUUCCACCGCUCAUCGUCGCUGGCUGCCAACCGCUACAUGAACCUCUACUGGGCCGGUGACCAGAACACCAACUGGGGUGUCAACGACGGAAUCAAAUCAUCCGUGACUGUCAUGGGUCACAUGGGAUUGUCUGGAUAUGCGCAUGGACACAUGGAGGUCGGUGGUUAUACCACAACGUGGGACAGCAAUGGAAUCGUCAAUCGAUCUGCAGAGUUGUUGGGUCGCUGGGGAGAGUUGGCUGCUGUGUCUAGUGCGGUCUUCCGCUCCCACGAAGGUAAUGUGCCCCAGGUCAAUGCCCAGUUCUAUACCAACUCUUCGACAUACGCAUAUCAUGCCUACAAUUCCCGAAUGUUUGCCAGUCUGGCAGCCUAUCGUCGCAAGAUUCUGAACACGGAGAGCAAGAACCUGGGAUGGCCUUUGCUGAGAAUGCCCGUCAUCUAUCAUCCAGAUGAUGCGAAGGCUAAGGCCAUUAGCUAUGAAAGCUUCUUCAUGGGUGCUGACUUAUACGUUGCACCCGUUCUCGAUCCGGGCCGGAAGAGCGUGGAUGUGUACCUGCCUGGUCAAAAUGAGACAUACACUCACGUCUGGACCGGGCGGAAAUAUCACGGUGGCCAGACUAUCAAGGUAUGGGCCCCUUACGGCAAGCCUGCAGUAUUUGUUGUGGGACAGCCAAAACAUGAUUACCUGAAGGGCUUCCUGGAGUUUGUUCAGAAAGAGAAUGGGACUGUUAUUCGCGUCUGA